UUCACACUGCUCGGCAGUACAAACGCUCACACCCGCUCCCGCACUCCGCAAGUGUCGGCUGUACCGGACCGGUGGAGGGCUGCAGGACAGGACCGCAUCACCGGGACGACAAACACAAAAACACCUCCGCUCAAGGAUGGACUGAACCUAACGACAGCCGGAACAAGAGGUAAACAACAUGAGGAAACCACCGCUGGCCAGCGAGGAUUUGCUUUCUCAUGUAAUUUAGCAUUUUUUCCCCAUGCAUCACCUUGCUUCAUCCGGACUGAUGUGGCAGAAUAUUCAACCGUUCCGAGACAUUUUUUCCUGGGAGUCUGCGCCUGUGCUCGGUAACAGGCAGGCAGACAGGAAGAGGACAUCAUGGACUGACUGAGAGAGUCCAUGCAAACAGAUGAGUCACAUAUGAGAGAUGAUGAUGUAACAAUGCAAUGAUGUCUUCAAGCAGACUAUGGAGCUAACUGGAUCAGCAGAGAGGGAGAAAGUGGAUUUUUUUUACAAGUUUUUGACCCUCAUGUGUUCAUUUUGCCAAUGACAAGUUACAGUCUCAGGCAGUGGAGAGGCAAUGACCUAAUUCAGAUUAAAUGACCUCAUACUGAUAAGUAGCUGGCCUCCUCACUGGGUGAUGGAACAUAAUCACAAAUGGACUCUUAUCAUCGUGGCUGGAGUGUGUGAGGUUACAUGAUAUUUCUGUGUUUGUGUGGAUGGCUGUUUUACUCUACAUGUAGCGAUGUUGCGGCGUGGACUCUUAGCCUGGGUCUCCCGUGUUGGAGGUGUGCUGGUGCUCCUCUGCUGCUCCCUGUCGCUACUCUAUGUGAUGACCUGUAGUCCGCCACACUCUGAUGAUCCUCCUUCAAGUCAUGCUCUGCCCCGCGCUGGACCCAUCCACCCCAGUCUGGGGGGCACAGGACCAGGUAUCGGAGCAGGAGCAGGUGGGACCGGAGGAGCCCGAGCUGGGGCUGCUCAAAGCGGUGGACCCCCCGGCGUCCAAUCUUAUCAGGUGCUCCUCCAAGAGCGCGAGGAGCAGCACCGCCUCCACAUCUCCUCCUUGAAGAAGCAGAUAGCUCAGCUCAAGGAGGCUUUGCAGGAGCGUAGCCAGCAGCUGAAAGGAGUGCAGGAGAGCCUGAAGAGAGCUGCCGGAGGUCCAGCAGUGGGACAGGAAGCUGGGGCUGGUUCGCAGGGUGGUGGUCUCGGGGAGGCUCAAGGUCCCAAGAGCCAGCAGACGGACCUCCAGGAGUUCCUGCGGAGCCAGAUGUCGAAAGCCGAGGUGAGCGCCGGCACCAGGCUGCCCAGUGAGUAUGCGGUGGUGGCCUUUGAGAGUUUCACCCUGCAGAGGGUGUACCAGCUGGAGAUGGGGCUGACGCGUCACCCAGAGGAGAAACCUGUGAGGAAGGACAAGAGAGAGGAGCUGGGGGAGGUGCUGGAGAUGGCCCUGCACAGUCUCAACACGCCGUCAUCCCAGCAAGACAGCAGGAUUGCAGCAGAAAAGUCUCAAACAAGCAAAGUGUACUCAAUGUCUGACUUCAUAGAAGGUAUCACCCGCACAGAGAGGGACAAAGGGACGCUGUACGAGCUGACCUUCAGGGGGGAGUCAAGCAAUGAAUUCAGGCGUCUGGUCCUCUUUCGUCCCUUUGGACCACUGAUGAAGGUGAAAAACGAGCGGGUGGACACAGUCAAUGUCCCGAUCAACAUCAUUGUCCCGCUGUCCAGACGCACAGACAAGUUCAAACAGUUCAUGCAUAAUUUCAGGGAAGUCUGUGUGCGCCAGGACGGCCGGGUCCAUCUGACGGUGGUGUAUUUUGGGAAAGAGCAGAUGAGCGAAGUCCGCAGCACUCUGGAGAACACGUCCAGGGAAGUUAAUUUUAAGAACUACACUCUGCUACAGCUGGACGAGGAGUUUUCUCGGGGACGGGGUCUCGACGUCGGGGCCCGAGCCUGGAAGGGCGGCAACGUGCUGCUUUUCUUCUGUGACGUGGACAUCUACUUCACCGCUGACUUCCUCAACACCUGUCGACUCAACACGCAGCCCGGUAAAAAGGUGUUCUACCCGGUGUUAUUCAGCCAGUACAACCCCACUCUCAUCUACGGCGGUCCCGAACACAUCCCACCUGUGGAGCAACAGCUGGUGAUCAAGAAAGACACAGGGUUCUGGAGGGACUUUGGGUUCGGCAUGACCUGCCAAUACAGGUCCGACUUCAUCAACAUAGGAGGGUUUGACAUCGACAUCAAAGGCUGGGGGGGCGAAGAUGUCCACCUGUACAGAAAGUACCUCCAUAGCAACCUCCUAGUGGUCCGAGCACCGUCAAGAGGUUUGUUCCACCUGUGGCAUGAGAAACACUGCGCCGAUGAGCUCCCUCCAGACCAGUACCGCAUGUGCAUGCAGUCCAAGGCCAUGAACGAGGCCUCGCACGGCCAGCUGGGGAUGCUGUUCUUCAGACACGAGAUUGAAGCUCACCUCCGCAAACAGAAACAACAGCAAAACUCGAACCCCAAGAAGACAUAAAGGCUGGUUGAGUUACAAUAAGCACAACGACUACAAUCAGUUAAGAAAUAGUUUGGGGAAUGCUACAUAAUUUGGGAAAAUGUGCUUGUUUGCUUGGUUGCCAAGAGUUAGAUGAGCAGACCGAUGCCACUCUCAUCUCUGUACACUGAAUAUGGAGCUAGGGCCGGCACAUGAUUAGCUUAAUUUAACAUAAAGACUGGAAACGGGACGAAAGAGCUCGCCUGGCUCUGUCAAAGCUAUCUUAUUCAUACAAAACAUUUUUGUGGUUUUGUGGUUUCCUGUCUCUAUGCAGAGCUAAAAUAAACCUUCCAUAUUUAACAUAUAGAGAUAAGAGACAUGCUGCUGCUGCUAAGAGACAGGAAGUGGAGGUAAACGGUUAACCAGCCUCUGUAAAAAAAAAAAAACAAGACAAAUGUGUUAAUUUAUGAGCAUUAGAAGUGCUAGUAGGUGGAUUUUUCCUCUUUAGACAGAGACAAUUUAGUUUUCUUCCCCCUGCUUCUAGUCUUUAUGCUAAGCUAACCCUCUCCUCUCGUACAGAUAUAAAACUGGCAUCAACACUCAGCAAAAAAAAAUAAUAACAAACAGCCAUAUUUCCCAAAAUGUCGAACUGUUCCUUUAAUGAAAAAAAUGUGAAGACCUUUUUACUUUUCAAGAACUCAGAGCACUUUGUUGCUCUAGAAAGGACAACAUGAAAUUAAGAUGAAUUAAAACUGAUUAAACGGCUUGAGGAAUUCAUCUACAGAACUGGAGUGGACUUUAUGAUCUCCUGUCUGAAACAUCCAUCUUUAAUUUAAAAGGACCAGUGUGUAGGAUUCAGAUGACAUUGCAGACUGCAACCAAUUGAAUACAGCUCAGCCAUCCGAGCAUUUAUAUAGGAGGAACUACGGUGGCAGAGCCGGUGUAUGCUUUGUCUAUUCUGGGCUACUGUAGAAAUAUGGCGGUUCAACAUGACGGCCUCCGUGGAAGAGGACCCGCUCCCUCUGUGGAUAUAAAAGGCUCAUUCUAAAGUAACAAACACACAACAGUUCUUAUUUUCAGGUGAUUAUACGCUAAUGGAAACAUAACCUAUGAAUAUUAUACUCCAUUUCUGACAAUAGAUCCUCCUAAAUGUUACAGACUGGACCUUUUAAUGUCCAUUUGUAACUUCCUUUGUAACAGCAACAAGGCCUUUAAGAAAGAAAUCAGACAACUUAAGUAUGAGCUAUGAAGUCUCCGAACCGUGUGCCUUCUGGGAAUAAAACCUGAACACUGUCUCGUCAGGCUGGCCAGUGAAAAUUGAACCCUACAGGUUUUUAUAUGUAGGGAAACAGAGCCACCUAGUGGACUGAAAGCGAACAAGACGUUGGCAAAUAAACAAUGAAGGACUCGUUUUAAGCCUGGAAUGGCCUUGUAAAACAUAUUUUUAAAAUAAAUUAUUGAUCAGUAAUCCUCAUUCCUUGUAUUUAAGUUUGUUAUUAUUUUGUAAAUGCCAUUUAUGAGGAUUAUGAUUUCUGAUGCCGUUGUUGCCAGGGCAGUAUUAUGUGUGGACCAUUCACUUUUAUGACAAAGUGAGAAUGAUGAGUCAAAGAAAAACACGCCAUGAAAGACAGUAUCAGUAGGUAUCUGUCAGUAAAAUGCUACCUAUGAGUAUGAGACGUAUGUAUUUACGCCCAAAAUAUAUCUAAACAUAGGUUUAUUUAUAAAUGUUAAUUUAAAAGACUAAUUUGUGGACACAUAACGGAUAGAUAAAGAAAACAAUUACUGACUGACAGUAACACUGUUCACUGUCCUGACAUUGACGAUGACUUCACAUAAGUCAGAGUGAGACUUAAUAUUUUUCUCAAUCAAAUGUGACGAGAGAGAAAAUGUUGUGUCACGGAAAACUGGAGCUGUUUUAGGUUUAGAGAUACACCCGCCUUGGUGGUUAUUUUAUAUUUGUUUUCAUAUAUUUGCCCAUAAAUCUCAUUCCAGCACUUCUUCAGUCAAUCAAAGCGAGCUGUACUUUUGGUGGUUGACCAUAGAUGUGAAAAGAGGCACUUUUUAAAUGGUUCUUAUUGUUUGCCAUUGAAACAUUCCUUGUAAUAAUACAUUGAAUUACUUUCUUUACAGUUCAAGUUAUUUUUUCACUUCAUGUAAAUGCGUUGAAUAAAACAUAUUUGUGCAUUGUGUA